GCUCUGGCGGGGAGGGGGGGCUCCCGGCUCCCCUCCCCUCCCCCUGGGCUGCCGCUGCUGCUGCGGAUGCAAGCGGCGGCGGCGGCGGCAGCAUGCUCCAGAAGUGCGCCUACCUGCCCUGCGCCCUCUGCUCCUUCCUCUUCGCCUCGCCCUUCUCCUGCGCCGAGCCCCGCAAGGACCACCUCGCCUGCCGAGCGGCCAACCCGCCGAGCCUGGGCUCGGGCGGCAGCGGCAGCAGCGGCGAGGGCCCCCCGAGCCGGAUUGCAGCCUGCCAGCCCCAGCACGGCGGAGGAGGCGCGCCGGGCCCGGCGGCGGGAGGCGGGGCGGGCGGGCGCACGUCGUCGUCGUCGUCGUCCCCCGGCCGGCCGCGCGGCCCCCCCGCCAUGGGUCGGAAGCGCUGCUGCGUGGGGGGGGGAGACGGCGGCGGCGGCGGCUCCAAGAUGGCGGCGGGUUGCUGCGGGGUGAAGAAGCAGAAGCUCUCCAGCUCCCCUCCGUCGGGCUCGGCAGGCCCGGGCGCCGCCGCGGCGGGGGCAGCAGCGGGCGGAGGCGGCGGAGGGGGGACCCACUGCGGCGGCGGCGGCGGCGGCGGCGGCAGCAGCGGGGGGCCCGGCUCGCUCCCCCCGCCGGCCGGCCCCCGGCUCUUCAACGGCCUGGGGGGGCUGGCGGGGGGGUCCUCGGGCUGCGCCCUCUCGCAGCCGCCGCCGCCGCUGCCGCCGCCCAGCUGCGCCGCCGCCGGAGGAGCGGGAGGGCCCCUGGCCGCCGCCGCCCCCCCCGCCGCCGCCCCGGGACUCGCCAGCCCCGCCGCCGCCGCGCUGCUCUCCUCGCCGGGCGCCGGGCCUGGCGGCGGCGGCGGCUGCAGGAAGAUGGUGGUGUCGGCCGAGAUGUGCUGCUUCUGCUUCGACGUGCUCUACUGCCACCUCUACGGCUACCAGCCCCCGCGGAGCCCCCGCUUCACCAACGACCCCUACCCACUCUUUGUAACGUGGAAGAUUGGUCGCGACAAACGAUUGCGUGGAUGUAUAGGUACCUUUUCUGCCAUGAACCUGCAUUCAGGACUCAGGGAGUACACGCUUACUAGUGCCCUUAAAGACAGCCGAUUCCCCCCAAUGACGAGGGAUGAGCUGCCACGGCUUUUCUGCUCAGUGUCUCUGCUUACUAACUUUGAAGAUGUCUGUGAUUAUUUAGACUGGGAGGUGGGUGUACAUGGCAUUAGAAUAGAAUUCAUCAAUGAAAAAGGAUCAAAACGCACCGCCACCUACUUACCGGAGGUUGCAAAGGAGCAAGGAUGGGACCAUAUUCAGACCAUAGAUUCCUUAUUGAGAAAAGGAGGCUACAAGGCUCCAAUUACAAAUGAUUUCAGGAAAACAAUAAAACUGACCAGGUACCGUAGUGAGAAGAUGACUGUGAGCUACACGGAGUACCUUGCCCACCGCCAGCACCACCACUUCCAGAACGGCAUUGGGCACCCGCUUCCACCGUACAACCAUUAUUCCUGACACUGAGCCGCAUGACCAGUCCCUCGACCUCUCUACAGACCUCUUCCCAGGAGACCCCGCCCCCUCUUGGUCUAGUUAUCUCUAUUACUGUACCAUUUUAUGAUGAUAGUUUCCGUUGCCAUGACGACGCUUCUCCAUGGCAGGUUAAGUUCACCAUGGCAACGGAGGGAAACGCUGCAUCAUUACGAAAGAGCCCUUCACACACUCUCUCUCUCUCUCUCUUUAUUAUUAUUAUUGAGUCACUGUGGGGUUGUCCUUUUUUUGGCAGCAUAUAGAACUCUCGGGAUUUUUUAUACAAAAUUUUUAAAUUUCUACUUCAUUAACAUUGAAUUAUAUCAAUCAAGGUUUUCUGUGAGACUGUGGAUGGAAGGAAAGAAGAUAACUCUCUACGGUUUGGACUAGGGAAUAAAGCCACGGGAAGCACUCCCUAAAAUAAAGCAUAUCAGGUUUAGGUAAGAAACUAGACCAUGAAGGCAGCCUGCAUAGGAUUGACCAUGUAGUUACUCAAUAUUCCAAUUCUAAAAGUUGUUUUCUUUCAUGUAGGUAAAUACAUGAACCUCGGAUCCCGUCCUGAUAGGCUUGGGAGGGAAAUGAUGGUAGACAAAUUGCUUGAUUUUGAAUAGAAAGCAGCUAUAGAAUUUGGAACGAAAGACCACAAUCAUAGGAAAAGGUUCACUGCAGCCUAAGGAUGGGAUCUUGGUUCCAUUGACUCUGGUAAGGGGUUUCCCCCUGGAAUCACUGGAACCGGAGUCUCACCACAGUGCCUGUUCUGGGAAGGGAGCAUGGAGUCCACAGGACGGAAGGGUAAGGUACCCCACCCCACUCGCUUCUUAGCCAACAAGAGCUCUAUAGAUGGAGGACAGAAGCCCUCAGAUGCUCUUCUUCACAGUUCCUGUUUAGUUGCGGGGUGGGUGAGAGGGUUAUUUGAUUGCGCCCCCACAGGGUUGGGCUCCAGGCACCAAUGCCUUUCUGGGGCUUCUGAAACAGGCGUUGCUUUUGUAGCCAAAGUGGUUGGCAUGUAGCAGCUGAUGUAUUGGGAAGUCAACAGAUCUAGGUAUUAGUGCCUUCACUUAGGAUACAGGUUUUAUAAAAAUCAUAGGAAGAGAAAAGCACAGACACAGAAAUGAGUGUGACUCCAAUUUCUCCAAAGAGCUGUGGAGGGUUAGUGUCGUCCUGAGAGCGGAAUUCUGUUUUCUGCUCUCUUCCACUCGUAUUUUGGUUCUCUAGGUAUUGUCAAUGUCCCACUUUAGCCCAAUUGCUGUUUUAAGAAACGGCAGUGGUGGUGGUGACGAAAGACGACGAAAAAUGUGUGUUGGAUUUCAGGUGUCUGACUAGUACUAAGCAGGAAGCUGCAUUCUAGGAUAUCGGUUAGUUUUCUGCCUUGUGCAGAAGAGGCAGAGAGAUCUACAGUCCAGUUCAGACUCUUGGCAGCUCUAGUAAUGAGGAUGGGAUCCAGAGAAAGGUGGUUGUUGGAAGUUCUGGAUAGUUUGGGAGAAUGCCGAUGGCACUGAUACAUCCUUGACACCUUUGUUUUGGAUGAGCCAAACAUAUUUGGCAGAAAGCCCAGCCCACUCCAUGCAACAGGUGUGGUGGUGAUAGACGUACAUGGAAUUGGCCUUGCAUGGGCAAAACCACACUUUGCAGGAAGUGGCACAGAGCUAAGAAUACUCUUGAGACUUUUUAGUCCUCUGAAUUGUCCUAUGGUCAGGGACACACACAGAGCUGGUUCUCACAGAGAUCGCUGUCAUUCCUUCAUCCACAGCAUUUAAUGUCCAAAUAUUAACUUUCUGUUUUGAUGCCUUAAUUUUAAGCGAACAGAAGGCCUGAAAAGACAUGUAGCCGACAGAGGGGUGGCAGACGCGGCGGGCAGCCAUAGCUUCUAUUGAAGUUGUUUGCGGGGUAUGUUCUGUUUCCACUUGGAGUGCCAGAAAGUGGAUUCGCCUUGAAGCGGAAGCUGCCACCCAACUUUUCAUUUUUGCCCCCAAAGGGGAACUUGAGCACAAGCUGAAAGAUACUUCUCUGCUGCAAACAUGUUGGGGGGGGGGGAACCAGCCAGGGCCAUCCACUCCCAUCUUUCUCCAUUAUCUCAUUACGGCUCAUGCUUCUGGCUGAGCCCAUUGUUAGAAGUUUUUUAAGAAAAGAUCUAUUAUAUAUAUAAAUAUAUGUGUAUUUAAAGGUGCUAAUCAACCUUGAGCAGGUCACGUGACUGGUCAUGCGGACUCUAAAAUCAUAUCAGAUUUUUUUUAAAAUGAAAUCCUCAAUAUAUGCAGAUGUUAUACAGAAUUUCUUACCAGUGUAAUAAUGAUAUACUGAUUAAAUAGAAUAUCCUGCAGGGUUUGAAGGACAAGGUCAGCAAUACUUCCCACCACGGCUUGGGGGAGGGGAAAAAAGGAUCAUUUUGUCUCCUUUUUGUACACAGCAUAAUGCACAAUGUUUUGUUUUUUGUUUUUGGUCUCUUAGUAGCUGUUGCUUGGGGGAAAAUCAGUCGUUCAAAGGGGUUAUACAAACUGGAAAGGUGUGCUUUAAAAAGAAAAACCUCCAGACCCUUCUGAACCUCUCUUGUAUGCUAAUUCGUGGAAAGCUCUGACUGUGGUGAGCUUUCGACGGAAGCUUCAGCUGUGUCUUGUCUCGACAUAUAGACGCGUCGGUUUCUCUGUGGUGCUGUUUUCCCCCCCGGCACCUACCUCUCAGCAUGGAAGGGCCGACCACUCAAAGGAUUAUGUUGAUGUCAUUGUUGGGCUCGUUGGUACAAACAUCUGGUGUACUUCACAGGAACAUAGAUCUGUUCACCUAAAACGAACCAUGAACAGGAGGCUUGAAAUCUGUUUUGCAAGUUGUUCCUAAAUAUGCAAAUUAAAACAAGCCUUUUGUGGGGAGGGGUGUAUCCAUUUCUAAAAUACAAGACAGACUCAUCUUCCUCGUCGUGAGGACAGGGCGUGGGGCAAGCAUUGAGCAGUCUUUUUGCCUUAUUUAAUUCCAAAAGGCGCUUUUGUUCUAGCUUUAAAAGUUCUCCCGCACCUGUGUGGGAAGGCCAGCUGCAGGACAAGUCUCUCUCCGGUAAAUAAAAGAGCGCUCCUGAGCUGUUACACAAACUUCCAGUGGCUGGAGUUCUGUGCAGGGCCCUGUGCAGCCUCACCAUUUUCCACUUGGGCUGCACCCACGCCCCAUCAGCUGUAAGCGGUUGGCCCGCCUCGGCACACCCCGCUGUUUGUGUAUCGGCCUCUUUACUUGUCUUUGAACUGUGCAGGUUCUUGAAACUGUUGUCUGGAGUAGGUUACAUCUCUUGUGUGUUUGGACUGAACCAAAGAACCCUCCAGCCAAGCCUAAAUGCUGCUCCUAAAGCCUGCCUUCCAGUCCUUCCAAAGUCUCUGCAGGAUGAAAUGGGUUAACUUUUUUAUUUUUGUACAGUUUCUAACUGAUUUUUGCUAGUGAUGUUAAUUGAAUUAAGUUUGAGGAGCUUAUGCAACUCCUCCCUUGAAAUAAACUGGUGACUUUUAUGUUUAAAUAAAAUAAUAUAGAAACCCAAAGUGUGCCUCUCAGAUUUUAAGGGUUUCUGGUUACAUUUAUUAAGACCAGCAAUGAUUCUUUAUAUACAAAGAUAUGUUUUCCUUGUUUUUUAUUACUGUUUUAGAAGAAGAAGAAAAUACUUCCUUUUUGCUCUGGAUCCAGUAUCAAAAAUGCUGGUUCAAAAAAUGCACUGAGAAACAAAACUUUUGUAACAACUUAUGACUGUUUUUAUAUAUAUCAAACUUGAUUCUUUUCAAAAGAUUUGGAUCUAGUUUCUAAGUUAUUUUAGUGUUUUAUAUGUUACAAAAAUUAAUUGUUCACCAGCAUAAUGAGUUAUCUUCGAUGCAAAAGGUGAUACAGAUCGGCCAAUGAGCUGCCUGGUGUAGCUUUGUGGCCUUUAUUUUUUUCCUUCCUUAGUAACUUGACUAUUGAUUACAAUAUUAUCACAGAUUACCACAAACCUCCUUCCAUUAAGACUAGAUCCUCCUUCCUUCCAUGUUUAUUUGCUAUUAGUGUGAAGAAACUGUUGAUAAAAAUGGGCAUUUUAUAAGUAUGGCUUAAAGGUAAAAAUGAGGUAAAAGCAAAAAAAAAUUAUAGAAGGUAACUUGUGGGUCUGUGACAUAUGGCUGUGGAAAGAUAUUGUAGUAGUUUUAACACUAUUGUUCUUACCUUUUAAAUCAUUUACCCAAUAAAAUAAGGAAAAAGAAUCACA